AUGGUCGACGCAGACGUCGACGAGAUCGGCUUGACGCCGGAGCAAGUCCUUCACUUUGUCGAGCACGGCUACGUCUUGCUCAAGAACGCCUUCUCGUGCGAGACAGCGGCCGCCUGCCGCGAGUUCCUCUGGGAGCGCAUCGCCGCCGAUGGCAUCGACCGCCACAACUCGCUCUCGUGGCCCGAGAAGCAUUGGAUCUCUGAGUCCUACAACGAAGAUACGGGCGGGCCAUGGGCAGGCGUGCUUACGCCUCGCUUGAAGCGAGCCAUGGACCAGCUCUGCGGCAAGGACAGGUGGAACCCGGCCGACCUCACCUGCGGCUGGUGGGUGCUCACGUUCCCGGGGCAUGCGAUGUUGCCGUGGGCACCCGCGGGGCACUGGCACGUGGACGGCGCGAGAUACGUUCACCACGUCGAUAGCAAGGAGUCGGGACUGCUGCCAAUCUUCCUCUUCAACGACAUUGGCCCAGGCGAUGGUGGCACGGCCCUGAGCCCUCGCUCCCACCAGCACGUGGCCCAGAUUCUCAGCAAAGUCGGGCCCAACGGCAUGCGAGGCGGCAAGGUCAGCGCGACGGCCAAGCCGUGGGUCGCCCGCCACAAGGACGAGUACGUCGAGACACAAGGCAAUGCCGGCGACGUCAUGCUGACACACCCUUUUCUGAUGCAUGCGCGCAGCAAAAAUUGCGGCCACGAGGUGCGCUUCAUGUGCAACCCCAACGUGGGACUCAAAGAGCCCAUGAACUUGGCGCGCGACGACGCGUCCGAGUACUCUGCUGUCGAGCAAGCCAUUGUCGAUGCCAUUGCAGCGGCGCCCCAACCGACGCGGCCGCAGCAGCAGAAGCGGAAACGCGACCAAGCGUGA